UACAUAUACCGGCGUGCCCCGCGGCCCAUGUGGAUGUAGCUGUGGCCAGUGCGUUGCAUCAGCUGUGAUUGAAAGCGCUCGGUGCCGGUAGUCUGUAGUUUAUUCAGUGAGCCGGCGGCGGCGGCAUGAAGCUGUACGUGAGCGAUGGUAACCCUCACGGGGUGAAGGUGCUGGCUGCUGCUGGACUGUGGGCCAGGGAUGCGGAGAUCCAGAGGUUACAGCAGGAGGAUAGAGUUGUGCCCUUCCUGUCACAAGCAAAGCUGCCAGCACUACAGCUUGAUAAUGGCGCUUUUCUUUUCUCAUCUAAUGCAAUUUGUAGGUAUUUUUACUUGUCAGCUGGGAAGCACCUGGAUGACCUAAGUAAUCAGUGGCUGGAAUGGGAAGCAACCGAGCUACAACCUGUGAUCUCAGCAGCCUUGUACGCACAUGUCAUACAGGGGAAGAGGAAGGAAGAGUCUCUAGCAACAGUUGACAAGCAACUUGGCCAUAUUGUCCAGAGUCUUACACAGAGUCCAUACCUUGUUGGUGAUGCAGUGUCUAUUGCUGAUAUUAUUGUUUGGGGAGCCAUCUACCCUCUCAUUACAGAUGUGGCUAGUCUGCCAGAAGGGCUGUUAUCCUUGAAGAACUGGUUUAAAAAAGUAUCUGAAAUUGAAUCGUGUCAGAAAGCUGUUGAAUCACUCCUGAAAGGCCAGGGACCUGUGGUCUUUAAAGUAUAUCUCCAAAAAUUGCCAGCACCCAUUAUCCCAUCUAAGACUUCAGUCAGCAAUGAGCCAGAGAGUGAAGAUACAGCAGCCCAUGCGUUGUCUGAGGAGGAUAUUGCUGCGGCUACUGAAGCUUGGUCAAAAGGUCUUACCAAUGCUCCACGGCCAAAACAAAGACUGCACCCUAUUCUUCCAAUAGAAGGGGAAAAGAACAUAUUGAUUACCAGUGCUCUGCCCUAUGUGAACAACGUUCCUCACUUGGGAAACAUCAUUGGCUCUGUGCUCAGUGCUGACGUCUUUGCCAGGUACUGCCGGCUGAGGAACUGGAACACACUGUAUAUUUGUGGAACGGAUGAAUAUGGCACAGCCACAGAAACAAAAGCAAUGGAGGAAGGGCUGACCCCAAGGCAGAUCUGUGACAAGUACAAUGCUAUCCACGCUCAUAUAUAUGAGUGGUUCAAUAUCUCCUUUGACUAUUUUGGCAGGACUACAACUGACCAGCAGACCAGAAUUGCUCAGGACAUCUUCCACCGGCUGCUGGAGAGAAACUUCCUGCUGAAAGAUACCUUGGAGCAGCUUCGGUGUGAGACCUGUCAGAGGUUCCUGGCAGAUCGCUUUGUAGAGGGCACCUGUCCUUUCUGCAACUAUGAGGAGGCCAGAGGGGAUCAGUGUGACAAAUGUGGCAAGCUAAUCAAUGCUGUAGAGUUAAAGAGACCUCAAUGCAAAGUCUGUAAACAAUCUCCUAUUAUUAAAUCGUCCCAACAUCUCUUCUUGGACCUACCUAAGCUAGAGGAGCGCUUGGAGAAGUGGUUGGAACAGACCUUUGCAGUUGGAGAUUGGACAGCAAAUGCUCGUUACAUAACUCGCUCCUGGAUUCGCGAUGGUCUGAAACCAAGAUGCAUCACUAGGGAUCUGAAAUGGGGGACACCAGUGCCGCUCGAAGGCUUCACAGACAAGGUAUUUUAUGUCUGGUUUGAUGCUCCCAUUGGAUAUAUUUCCAUCACAGCUAAUUAUACUGACCAGUGGGAGAAAUGGUGGAAGAAUCCUCAGCAGGUCCAGCUUUAUAACUUCAUGGCAAAGGACAACGUUCCUUUCCAUAGUGUCAUUUUCCCAUCCUGUCUCCUGGGAGCGGAGGAGAACUACACGUUAGUCAACCAUCUCAUAGCUACAGAAUAUUUGAAUUAUGAAGAUGGGAAGUUCUCAAAGAGCCGGGGUGUGGGUGUGUUUGGUGACAUGGCGAAGGACACCGGUAUCCCCACUGACAUCUGGAGAUUCUACCUGCUGUACCUGCGGCCUGAGGGACAGGACAGUGCAUUCAGCUGGAGCGAUCUGAUGAUGAAGAACAACUCUGAGUUACUUAAUAACUUGGGCAACUUUGUUAACAGAGCUGGCAUGUUUGUGCAGAAGUUCUUUAAUGGACUUGUUCCGGAAAUGGAGCUGCUUUCCGAGGAUAAGAGGCUCUUGGCUCAGGUCACUGCAGAGCUACGCCAAUACAACCAGCUGCUGGAGAAAGUUCGCAUCCGUGAUGCCCUGAGAUGUAUUCUGAACAUUUCUCGACAUGGAAACCAGUACAUCCAAAUCAAUGAACCAUGGAAGUGUAUAAAAGGAACACAGCAGGAACAGAAACGUGCGGGCACAGUAACUGGACUGGCUGUAAACAUGGCAGCUCUGCUUUCAGUCAUGCUGCAGCCUUAUAUGCCUACCAUUAGUGUCGUCAUCCAAGAGCAGCUACUUGUGCCACAGGAAGCCUGUGUAUUGACUGGUGACUUCCGCUGCGUUCUGCACUGUGGCCACCGUAUUGGAACUGUGAGUCCAUUGUUUCAGAAGCUGGAAAGUGACCAGAUUGAGUCCUUGAGGAAACGCUUUGGAGGUGGACAGCUGUUCACAGACAACACUGAAUCCCAGGUGAAAGCUGAGCCCAUAGUACCGGCAUCCACCGUAGAUCCAGUCAAAGAAACCUCAAAAGUUGGUGACCCCCAGAGGAUAAAAGAUCUCAUGCAGGAGGUGGAGAAACAGGGCAAUCAUGUGCGGGAGCUGAAGAGCAAAAAGGCAGAGAAAUCUGUGCUGGACGCUGAGGUGCAGAAGCUGCUGGCACUGAAGAAAGAACUGGCCCUUGCUGAAGGGAAAGCACCAGAAGCCCCUACUCAGAAGGGGAAGAAAAAGAAAUAAUGGUCCUCCUGAAACCUGCUUUACAUCAAACUGUUACUGUCGGAUGGACAGAAAAAGGGAAUGUUUUGCCAUACUUGCUGCAGUGAAAGGGUUAAUAUCAGAAGUAUUCUUUUAAAUAAAUUAUCCUAGACCUUG